AUGACGAUGCCCUUAUCUUCCUCCAUCUCUCUCUGCUCCCUCUCCGCUCCACCUCAUCCAUCACCAACUCCCAUCUCUUUUCAUCCCACAGGCACGCCCACAUGCUCCCUUCGUCUCCAUGACAUUGCAUGUGCCUACUCAGUUCCGAUGCUUCCCCUCGGGAUAGCGGCAUACAUCACGAUCGGAAACCCCGGGGCGAACUAUUCACCAGCCAGACUCGACCGAGCCGAUUCUCCACCUCCCUCAGCGGACGAACACUAUGCUUCCGACCAGAUAUCUUUCAUGUGCCUGUCGGGCAAACCCGGACGCAUCAACACCAUGACUGCGCAUGUGGAUCUUCCAGCUUUGUACCAGGGGAUUUGCGACGAAGUGAGACAAGGUCAAUGGAAAGGGGAAUAUCCCGAGGAAUCGAGUCUCACCUACCUCACCUUCCUCGGAACCUUAUCGCAGACUUCCGGUUCCGGCCUAUCCAUCCUCGCCGAGAAAUGA